AUGCCUCCACCUCGAGACCACACCCUCCCCAACCCUGUCGAGGGACCCGGCGACUUCACCACCACCUCUACCGUCCACAACGACACCUACCCCGCCAUAUCCUCGCUAAAUUCAGAUCUCUCUAGCAAGACCGUCCUCGUCGCCGGAGCUAGCAAAGGCAUAGGUGCCUCCAUCGCCCUCUCUUUCGCUCGCGCCGGCGCCUCCCAGAUCGCAAUCGGCUCACGCUCUCCUCAAGAGCAGCUAGUCAAAGGUAUGAAAGCGGCCGCAACAGAUGCAAAGCGGCCUGAACCCGCCGUCCUAGCCCUAAGCCUUGAUGUUACAGACCAGGCAAGCGUUGAGACCGCUGCGAAAGAGGUCGAGAAGGCGUUUGGAAAAAUGGACAUCGUUGUGUUCAAUGCUGGCUAUUUCGCGGCGGGAAAGAUUGGGGAGAUAGAUCCAGGUAUGUGGUGGAGAAAUUGGGAAGUCAAUAUCAAGGGACUUUUCCUAGUGACGAGGUCCUUUCUGCCAUUGAUGCUGAAAGGUGAGGAUAAGACUAUUGUGACUGUUAGUAGUGUGGGCGCACAUCUGAGGGGCCCGGCGAUGAGCGGCUAUCAAACUAGUAAGAUAGCGCAACUGAGGCUGAUGGAAUUUGUUUGUGCGGAGUAUGCGGAUCAGGGAAUAUUGGCUUAUUCGAUACACCCGGGAAACGUAGCAGGCACGGAUAUCAUGGGUGGUGGCGAAUUGCCGGAGUAUUUGAAGCACAUUUUUGUCGAAUCCGCAGAGCUGAGUGCUGACACAAUCACUUUCCUCACCCGGGAGAAGCGACAUUGGUUGGCUGGAAGGUAUGUCAACUGUACCUGGGAUAUGCCGGAGUUGAUGAAGAUGGAAAGAGAGAUUGUGAAAGACGAUAAAUUGAAGCUCAAGUUGGCGUUGUGA